GCAGGCGGAGCGUUGUGAAGCUGCAGACACGGUUUAGGUGACUUUUUAAGUUUUAUCUUGUCAUGUUCGCUCAUCUCCAGACAAACAGGCCGUGAACGCAUCGCCGUGACGACUGAGCGAUAAAAACAAGAGCUUUAUUUAUUUAUUUAUUUAUUUAUUCGUAUCAUCAUUUUGCUUUUGACCUGGAGCUCGACUCUUCAUGGAGUCUGCAGAUGGUCAGCUGGGGCGGGGCGGCAGCAGUCAGAGGCGUUCCCCUCUCGACGUCAUCAUGAGCCAGAUCCGCAGGAAACGCACGGCCUCAGACAGGAAGCCGCUGGGACGCUUCCUGUCCCGGACCUCAGACCGGACGGGGAUCCCUGAGGACGGAGAGACGGAGGGCAGGGAGGAGAGAGGACAGAGCUCAGGUGUUGCCGAGGCGGCAGAGAGCGAGCGCGACGUCGGCUGGGGGCGAGUGUGUGUUUUCCUGCAGAGGUUGGGGAAGAAAGUCGACAGCAGGAGCCUCAACCUGGCUCACUGUGAUCUCACUGCUACAGACCUGCUGGAGCUAGCGACGUUGCUCCACUUUCUCCCCCAGCUGGAGGAGGUGGACGUCUCCUGGAACGAGCUGCUUGGCGGAUGUCUGAAAGCGCUGACCUCUCACCUCCAGCAUGUGGGCGGGAUCAGAGAGCUGAGGCUCUGCAGCUGUAGGCUGAACGCUGAUGACGUCACUGCUCUGGGUGAAGCUCUCGGCUGCGUCCCUCUCUUGGAGAUCCUCGAUUUGUCCUGGAACGGUGGCGUCGGGGGCGGCGCUUUGCAAGGCCUGCUGGGUAAACUUCAACCACCCCUGAGAGAGCUCCACCUGGUGGCCUGCCAGCUCACUGCAGCUGAUGCUACUGUACUGGGAGGAAUGAUGUCUGCUCUCCCCAGACUCGGUGUGUUGGACGUCUCCUGUAAUCCUCAGCUCACACAGGAAGUUGAUGGCGGCGGCUUCAGAGAGCUGGCCUCCUCUCUCUCUCACGCUGCCUCCCUCACCACACUUCGACUACAGGCCUGCGGUCUGACGACGGACAGCCUCGAUGCUCUCAGUGGUUCGCUCCGCUGCCUCCCCUCAGUGCGAGAGUUGGACCUGUCCUGUAACAAAAGUCUGGCUGGAGGACUGAACCGCCUCACCCUCCACCUGACUCACCUCGCACACCUGGAGAGCCUUGACCUGCACCUGUGCUGUCUCACACACACCGACCUGGAAGCCCUGAUCCAGGUGCUUCCCUCUCUGACAGCGCUGACGGAGCUCGACGUGUCGUCCAAUAAGGAUGCAGGGGGCGUGGUCCACCCGCUGGUCUCCGCCCUCCCUCUGACACAGAUGAGGCGUCUGCCGCUCAACAGCUGCAGCCUGAACAAGGAGUCCUUUACUGCUUUCGCUCUUGCCGUGCCGUACCUGCGCAGUGUGGAUGUUUCCUGGUGUAAAGUUGUUGGCGGUCGUUUAGCGCUGCUCCUGGACGCUUUGCAGCCGUCAGUCAUCCUGGAGCUCCGCCUCAGCAGCUGUGACCUCACCACUGAUGACCUGCGUCACCUAGCUGCUGUGUGCAGGCGUGGCUUUCUGUCCUCUCUGCGGGUGUUGGAUCUGUCCUACAACGGCUCGGUAGGUGAUGACGGCUGGUCCGCCCUGUUUGCAGCAGGAGGCCUGGGCUCGCUGGAGGACGUCGACCUCAGCCUACGACCUUCGACCUCUGCUCCCUGCUCCGCCUGGCUGCCGGCGCUGCUCCCUGCUCUGCCUCGACUACCUGCGCUCACUCGCCUGGCGGUGCGGCGGUGGACGAUCGGCUCUCAGGACAGACAGCAGCUGAACCACCGCCUGAGGAAGAGGAGCGUCCUGCUGGAGUGGGAUCCACCAAAUACGGAAGCAGCAGCAUCAUCAUCAUUUAAGGCGACCAAUCAGGAGAGCCCAGAGGAGAGUUGUCCUGAGGAGUAGGUGCUGCUUAUCUGAUAUCAUAUGUCACUAAUGAAGGACACCUGAACUAAAAAAACAUUACGAGCACUCAUUUAUUGCACUCUGAGAUUUAAACAAACACGUGACUGUGGCUUUUAACAGUCGCAUAUAGUUUUCUAAUAUUGUGAUCAUCAGUUUUUUAAAAAUACGGAGCACGAUAACACACAUUGUAGACUUGAUAAGGGUCUCUUCUCAGGUCUAGAAAUAUGUUUGGUGUUUUCUAGAGCUUGAACAACAACACAUAAAUGUAACUAAGGGAGAAAUUCUUGGUUGGUCUUGAUAAAUAUUGUAAUUAAAAUACGUUUUACUGAGUUAUGGUACCGAUUUCAUCUCACCUGAUAUCUUUUGUUGUUUUUAGCUGUAGAUUGAUUAUGGCCUAAUUCAUAUUCAGGUUGCCCAACUAAUGUUAAAAAACAGUUUUCACUAAAAUUAACUAAAAUCCUCACAUUUUGUUAAAAAAAAAAAAAAAAAGAAUGUGGCAGAAAUUAACAAAUAUUUAAAUAUGUUACAGAUAUCGAUAUGUAAGAUAUGCAAUUUUCAAGAUCAAGAAUAAACUUUUAAACAAUGGAAAUGGA